CUGGUAUUACCUGAAAGUCGGUAUAAUUCUGAGCUAUACGUUGUGUACUAACUUUGCACAGACGUAAGUCUGUACAUGUCAUAUUCGUUACGUAUUUCAGAGAUCGACAUGGCGUCUGCUUGUAUGAUUUUACGACGUAGUAUCGCGACUUCGUGUGUCUGUCAUGGGAAACGAAAUUUCCGAAAAUUCUUGUUGUAUAACAAACGAGGUAGUCGCCAGUUUAAAAAGUCACAGACAGAAAAGACAUCUGAUAUUCCAAUAGACAAAAGAGGUGUAAAAGAUGUUGGACUCAAAAUAAAUGGAAGAUUUGUUACCGUACCAGAAAUGAUUCCUGAAUUAAUUGUUCCUUCACUUGAAGGAUUCAAAUUGAAGCCAUAUGUGUCGUAUCAAGUGGAACACUUCGACCAGGGUGAAUUUACUGCUCAAGAUUUAUUUAACAUGGUGUAUUCUAAAAAAGUAGAAGAAGAUUUUGCAAAUGGUCAGUUGGAUGAGAAUGGAGAGCCAUUAAAUCCGAGCGAAUAUGAACAACUCACUCCGCAACGAGCAAAAGAGAAUGCUGAGAAAACUGGCUGUGAUAUGUUUACUGAGAACAUUUUUAAUACUUAUAACAAUUAAUAAUGUUGUAAGUUAUAUAUGCUUUGAUAUUUAUAAUUCUAAUAUAAAAAUAAGUUCUUUUGUGUAAGUGUAUAACAUUGAAGUAAAUAAAUGUAAACACAUUAAUUUAAUUUUUCAA